CACGUCCUUUCUCGACGACCACGUCAUAUCAUCUCUUUCUCUCUCACGCUUUCCGCUCACUCACCUUCUCCCAUCCCGUUUCCAAGAAAACAAACGUCAUUUUCUUUUUUUAGUUUUCUCCGACGACCAAGAACUUUAACCGGUUAUCCCAAGUCACCCUGACUUCUCAUUCUUCGUUAAGUUUCCUCUUCAUACCGGCAUAUCAACCUGUAGACAGUAAAACCAAGCCAGAAACUACUUUUUAACUGGAUAAGCUUCUUCUUAUUAUCAGUUUAUCAUGUAAGAUUAUUCAUUAUUAUUAUUAUUAUUCCUCUGUUGCUGUUGUUAUUAGCUAUGAACACCUUAUAUAAGAUAUGCAUAGUGCUUAUCGUCUUCUUCGUCAUCUCCUUGGUUCUUCUGGUGGUCGAGAUUUUCUACGUGCUUUGGCACCGGAGAAGAUUUUGGAGUGGGAGCGUCGCAGAUGGCGACGUGGAGUUCAGCGAUGAAUCAUUCUACCAGACACCAUCAAAAGAGCUACUGUACUUCUUCUGCUGGAAGAACCAGACAUCUCGCAUCGAACUUGCUGGUGCAGAAACAACAGCAGCACCAGUAGCAACGGCUCCGCCACUCCCGCCGAUUAUGCCUGCGGAUGCGCAUGUGGAUGAGAUGCUGAAGCAGCAUGCACUAUACGGUCCAUCUAAGGUUUUGUUCACUAUAAAAGAAGAGGAAAAAGAGGAGAUGGAAACAGACUCGUCUUCUGCAGAGAACGGGGAGAGAAAAAGGAAAAAGAAGACGAAGAAGAAGUCGAGGAGCACCUCUUUGGAAGACGUUGCCGUUACUGCUGUGGUGAUUGACAUAGAUGAUUCGACGCCUUUUUCGACUCCGUGUGCUUCGCCUCCGUACUAUACUCCGUCACCGUCUCCUUCUCGUGACAGAAAUUAUCCACACUCAUCAGCUGAAAACAUAGUUCUAGAAGCCUAUAACGAUAUGCAAAUAGAACCGCAAGAAACAAAAGACGUUUCUGGUGAUAAAACGAUGUCGUUGGUUAGCAUAGAGUUCCCCUCUUCAUAGUGGAUCCACUGUAAUCUCCCGAAAAAAAAAACAAAGGGUUUCCCGGCUGUUAACGACCGGCCGGAGUAAUCAUCGUUCGGUUUUUGUCGCGUAUGUAUUUCAAGUUUUCAACAUAUUUCGUAGUUGGUUCUGAUGUUGCCACGUCAGUAAGAGUCAAGUAACUGGUGUCAUCAAGAAACGCGGCAAAAUCAGACGGUAGAGGGAUUCUGUGGGCUGUUGGCGUCUAGUAAAUAUUCUAGUGGCAGACUAUAAUAAAUUCUGCCAUCUAUCCUUU